AUGGAACUCUGCGAAGGCACUACAUACGCUACAGAUAUAGAAUUGCCAGCGACAAAUGAUGAGUUAGAGGAUCUUAUCACGGAAAUUCCCAUGUCUGAAAGACAACCAUCGAAAAUUUCACCUCUAUCUCCUGAAACAUCUAGUAUCAUUGUUGCUGAUCUGGAAACCACUGGUUUAGGCAUCGAACUGCAUGGUUUGACCAUGUUCUCCGACAUGGUACCGGUCCGAUCCAUGGGAGAAAAGGAGGCACUGUUAAAGUUUGUGGAGUGGAUGAGAAAGUAUGACCCCGUUCUCAUCGUGGCUCACAAUGCAUGUUUUGAUUCUCGGAUCUUAAUAUCUGCAUUCAACAGGCACGGAAUCACCGAUCAUCUUAAAAGUAUUGUUGGUUUUUCCGACUCCAUUAAAGUUUUCAAAAAGGCAUUCCCCAGUCAAUCAUCUUAUAAGCUGCAGCAUUUGGUUCAACAAUUUGGUACAGACCUGCCACCGGUCCAAGCCCACAAUGCUGUUAACGAUGUUCUG